AUUUAUGGAAAUAUAUUCUAUUUAUUGGUUAAUUGUUUGAUUUCAUAAAUCAUUAAUGGAGAAUAAACGAGAACCUUACCAUGUAAGACUUCUCAAGACGCCCUGUGUGAGUUCAGAUGGAGUGAGCAGGUGGCUUUGCAGACGUAUGAAUCUGCCCUGUGAGAAGGGUCCAGAGGGAAGGUAUGACUUUGAGAGCAUGGUUGAGACAGACAGACGUGCGUUCUCCAGAUUCAAUCCUGGAGCCCAGAUGCCUGAUGAAAACGCUGCUCUGGCGCCGCUGCGUGACGAUAUGACUCUAAUAGAUCCGUGCUCCGGUCAACUGAGUGCAGGGGCACAUGUGCGUCUGGAAGCAAAGAGCAGAACCCCAUUCAUCGAAACAGUUUACACUCCGUCUGAUCUCUGGGUUCCGGCAGGAGCACGAGACAGGCCUCAGACUCCUCCAACCAGACCUUCAGCUCUGAUAUAUGACAAUUCUGAGCACAAGAGGUGGAACUCCAGGAUGAACCUAGAGGCUGCAUUAAAGGCAAACCUUGGAGGUUGGACAAGUGCACAGAGUAUUAAACACCCCUCUGAGGACAGCCAUGAAAUAAAUGCGGGUACAAGACCAUCUGUACUUUAUGACAGCGUAGCAACGGCAGCUCGACAAUACAUCUACAGUUCUGCAGCCCAAAGAGGUUAUGAGAAUGUAGACUGGGACUCAAAGUUACCUCCUCGCCACAAACCACCCACAACUACACUGGAAAAAAUGGCUGACCCCGUGAGUCAACGUUUCGUGCUGAAGCGAUACCACAGCAGACCUGAGCUGUGGCAGGCUAUUGGAUCCCAUUGGAACAAACAUCAGUUGCGUGCCACAUUUUACACAAGGAAACCCAUAAGCUUCACCAGUCCAUGUCCCAAAUCAGGCCAUGUGCCUUUAUAUUGCGGUACGGUUGGCUCUGAGAACAUGGACAGUGUGGACGUCCCAGAUGAAGACUUCAUCCCUCUGACUGUUCUGCGGACCACAGUGCCUCCUCACACCCCUGCCAGCUACCGAACUACUAUACCUGGUUACACUGGAAAAGCCAAGUUUGACAGACCACAGACCUCAGCUGUCAGUUUCCCUUCUUUACCCUAUACUCCACAAACAGCAGGAAGCCGUCCUGGUACCUGGAGCUCCUCACACUAUGGACACAAGGCCCCUCUAUCAGGAAUGGUCACCACUGUCCCUCCGGGAAACCCUUACAUUCAUCCCAAAGCCCCGGUACUUUCCAUGAAAUAAUUCUAAAAGCACGGCAUGUUCCUUAAAGAGAAUAAUAAACGAUGAAGAAGUGUGGGAAA